GGUGUCAUGUGUUUUUUUUAUUAUCUAAAUCUUACAUGUCUCGUGAUUGGUGGUUUAUGAUAAUAACUGUCAGGAGUUUAUUCACGUGAGACGCAGCCUUUUAUUGCCCCUGUUGGUAAUGUAAUUCCUAGAUUUUACACCUCAACAUCUCCUGUUUGCAAGGACGGCUGCUCUUAAGAUUACAUUUAGGAUGGCGGAUUCAAAACAAGUGUUUGCUAUUUGUAUGUUACUGGCUACAAUCAGCUGUGUUUUGUGCGCGCGUGAAUGCAUCCCUGUGCACGGAUACGAGAGCUGCGCGUGCUAUUUUCCAGCAGUUAAUGACACAAGGAGAUAUGUCAACCUUCUUCCACUUAAGAUAAAUUCUUCUUCGCCAAGAUUUACCAGUAAGACAGAAAACGAUUGGUACAUAUCUUAUAGUCCAUGUGGUGAAUUCAGUGCGUUUGUUGGGGAAAACAGCACAGGCACCACCUCUUGUUCAAAGACUUCAGUUGCCAGAUGGACCAACUUAUCUGCUCACCAGUGUGAUAGUUUAGGUGAUGAGGCCAGUGGAAAAUUUGAAAUGGAUGUUCACAAUGAAUUCAUCAAGUCAAAUCUAACUCUUAAAUUCAGGGAUGAGAGAAGUGGACAUAGGGCUGUGAUAUCAUUGAUUUGCAAUUACUCUUUACCACAAAAUGAGACUUUCUUUGAAUAUGUUAACACCAGUAAUAUCCAAGUGGAUACUUACUAUUUAUCAUUAACCAGUGAAUGCUGUUGUCCUGGAAAAUGUGGAAUUCCACCAGAAAUCCCUUACACUCUAGAGAUACCCACAGGUUCGUCGUCCAAGUCUACGGGAGGCCUUGAAAAAUGGCAAAUAGCUGUGAUAGUGGUCGGAGGUGUCCUUCUUUUACUCUUGAUCGUAUCUUUGGUGUUUUUUUGCGGCAAAAAGAGACGAGCAUACCAGACGAUUUAAAGAAAAUGGGGUGUCCUUCUGACAGUAUCAAACUACAGAACUUGCUAAAGAAAAGAAAAAAAAAACAAUCAUAGAAAUUUAGGCGCAUGGAUUGCUCGGCGCCGAAUCGAAGGGUGUAUUUGAACACCCAGAUGACUCGAAAUCGCAGGGAAUUGAUAGGAUUCUCCUCUUUAGAGCUGUGAUGAUCCUGGUGCGUCAGUCUCUUCGGGGUGGGAGGGGGGGGACGGGGGUGCAUUCAGGGCCCUAUCAGAAACCGGAAGACCGCACGUUAUUUAUACAGACCAAGAGUUCGAUGUCAAUUGAGAGAACAGUGGAAAGUAACACUUAAUAAUAGAAAAACUAAACAAAAUAUUUUUAUGGAAAUAAUCGAAGGGCCAAAGCCAAGGACCGGCACAGCUACAGUACAAGGAGUGAAAAGGGGAGGAAAAGUUCCAUUAACCUAUUUAUUUAUUUUUUUUUUUUUUUCAAUGUUUAUAUCAAUAGAGAGUGGUUUGCAAGUAUUACAUAAUUCCCUCCCGUGGAUUUUAUAAUUUUGCAGCGACAUACCUGCAAUGUGUAAUGCUAUUACAAAUCUGAACUUGUUUACUGAGAAAAGAAAGGUCGAGAGUUCUUCAAGAGUGUAGAAUAUGGGCUCUAGUACCUUAAACAAUUUGUUGGAGUCGCCUAACGUAAAUGAUUAAAGAAUGAUUUGUUAACUGUU